CAUCUAUUAUUUUGUUGCAGGUGACAAUGUCUUUGUGGAACAGAGCACAGCAGUUGCCCCCAGAUGCCCUCCGUCAAGUUCAAAAUGUUUACGGUGAACAGUUUCCAAUUGAGGUGCGACAUUAUCUGGCUGGGUGGAUAGAAGAUAAAAUGCCCCAGUGGAAUGAAAUAGAUCCAGAAAAUGUAUCUCACAGCCAGUAUGCACAUACUUUAGUAUCACAGCUUAUCCAGGAGAUGGAAAACAAAGCCCUCAGUUAUGGCAACAAUGAAGACCUUUUUCUUGUCCGUAUGCGCCUGGAUGAAGCUGCAACGUCAUUUAAGACUCGGUACCUGAACAAUAAUCCUCUUGCUUUAGUGGGUAUUAUACGUGAGUGCCUCAAAACAGAACUGCAUCUUGUUCAGCAACACGAAAAUAUGUUGGGAGCUGUAGUACAACCAGCCAGUAUGACCAUUGAGCCGUGUGCUGAAAUAGUUAGUGAAUUAGAUAUCUUACUCCGACGUACUCGUGAAACAGCAGAUGAGCUGAGGCACCUGGAACAAGAACAAGAAUCCUUUGCGUUACAAUAUCAUGACUGUGCAAAAAUUAAUGCACAUCUCUCUCACAUUCAAGGUCAAGAGAGAACACAACAGAAUCGGGAACUCGAACAGAGUUUGAGGAGACGUAAAGAUGUUGGUGAACAGCAACUGGCUCAGAAGGUGUCAGGGUUGCUGCAGCGACGAAUGGACCUGGCUGAGAAACACAAAGGAACCAUAGACCGUCUAAAUAAUCUCCAGCAACGGAUUCUGGAUGAAGAACUUAUUAACUGGAAACGGGAACAGCAGAUGGCAGGAAAUGGAAAACCUUUUAACCAGAAUAAACUUGACCAGAUACAAGAUUGGUGUGAGGCAUUAGCAGAAAUAAUAUGGCUUAAUCGCUUCCAAAUAAAAGAAUGUGAACGGCACCAGACAAAAAUACCCAUCACUCCACCUGGAGGCGUUGAUAUGCUGCCCACUCUGAACUCUCACAUUACAAGGCUCUUGUCCUCUCUUGUCACAAGCACAUUCAUCAUUGAGAAACAACCACCCCAAGUGAUGAAAACAAACACCCGGUUUACAGCAACAGUACGGUUGUUGGUGGGUGGCAAACUCAACGUGAACAUGACACCCCCUCAGGUUCGGGUAUCCAUCAUCAGUGAAGCACAAGCCAAUGCACUGUUAAAGAAUGAUCAAAUGAACAAAGGUGAACAGUCAGGAGAAAUUCUUAAUAACACAGGAACCAUGGAAUACCAUCAGACCAAUCGACAACUAUCAGUGAGUUUCCGCAAUAUGCAGUUGCGCAAAAUCAAGCGAGCAGAGAAAAAGGGUACAGAGUCAGUUAUGGACGAGAAAUUUUCCUUACUCUUCCAGUCACAAUUCAGUGUUGGUGGUGGCGAACUUGUUUUCCAAGUAUGGACAUUGUCAUUACCAGUGGUAGUUAUUGUUCACGGCAACCAAGAACCUCACGCCUGGGCAACAGUUUCCUGGGACAAUGCAUUUGCUGAGCAAGGGCGUAUACCUUUUACAGUUCCUGAAAAGGUACCUUGGCCCCAGAUAGCAGAUAUGUUAGAUUCUAAAUUUAAGUCUGCCACUGGUCGAGGAUUAACUGAUGACAAUCUCAAGUUCUUGGCAGGCAAGGCUUUCAGGUUAGACAGGAGUCCUCAAAUUCAAGAUUUCAAUAAUAUGUACUUGUCAUGGUCUCAGUUUUGCAAGGAGCCUUUAUCUGAGCGCAACUUUACCUUCUGGGAAUGGUUCUUUGCUGUGAUGAAGGUUACGAGAGAGCACCUGCGUCAGCCUUGGAAUGACGGGUCCAUUAUGGGUUUUGUUGGUCGCCGUCAGGCUGAAGAAAUGUUAAAGAACUCCAAGUCAGGCACCUUCCUUCUACGCUUUUCUGAUUCAGAAUUAGGGGGUGUCACAAUUGCUUGGAUGUAUGAAGACACGACAAAGGCUGGCGACCAACGAGAUGUGUUCAUGCUACAGCCAUUCACCAGUAAAGCCUUUGCCAUCCGUCCUUUAGCUGAUGUGAUUGCUGAUCUAAAGUACUUGCUCUUCCUCUAUCCAAAUAUACCUAAAGAACAAGCUUUUGGAAAGUACUAUACACCCAUGGGAGAGCAACAACCUACAACAAAUAAUGGCUACGUCAAGCCACACCUGAUCACUCAUGUCCCAGG